AUACAGUUUAAUGUCUCAUUCAACUCUCAAAUCAAAGCAAAGCGCAGGUUAACAAUCCAAGUGACAGUACAGUAUAAAUCUUAGAAUAUAUAAUACCGCCCGCCUGUAAAACGACACGUCUAUUCUGUAAAACGAAACCGGAAGUACUCGAAAAUAUACCUCCCUAUUAAUUUAGCUUGAAGCUACGUGGACAUCUUGCACCAAUCAGAGGGCUUUGAGUUAAUACGUCAGCGAAAUGGUCCAAUAGUCUUUCGAGUCGUGGUGUUUGGCCUCUGGAGUGCAUUUCGUCAACAAACGUUAGCUUGCGGUUUCGUAUCAGCUGGAGCCGUCAGCAUUCCGCAGCGUUCCCGGCCUCUUCGGUGACCCAGGUAAUCAACAUUUAAUCAUAUUGAUUCCGUUUGUUAACUAAAGUUUAAAGAGCUUGAUGUGGGAUUUCGGAAAGUGGAACGUCCUUUUCAUUUAAAAUGGCGAGUUGUCAUUUUCUUGUGCCUGUCAAGGUUUCGAUUCGGUGACGUUUUAAAAUUACCUCGAAACAGUCGGCCGCGACUCUUCUUGAUUAGUGCUUUAUUAGGCACAACGUUUGCACUCUUUCUAAAUGUAAAGUAUAAUGUGCUAUUAACAAAGUUGUCAACAUCCGCAAAAGGUGCCCAACAACAAAAAGGAGCCCCAAGGCAGUCAUGGCCACGGUGCAGUUCAUGUUGCUGCUCGCCUUUCACAUCUUGCUCAUCUCCGAGUUCAUAUUGGCCAAGAAGGACUACUACGACAUCCUGGGGGUGCCCAGAGAUGCCUCGGAGCGCCAGAUCAAGAAGGCCUUCCAUAAGCUGGCUCUCAAGUACCACCCGGACCGAAACAAGGGCUCGGAUGCCGAGGCCAGGUUCAGAGAUAUAGCCGAGGCAUACGAGACACUAUCGGACGACAAGAGACGUCGGGAGUACGACCAGUUCGGCCAAGGCGCGGGGCCGCACGGCGGCAGCGGAGGAGCAAGUGGCAACUUCAACUUCCGGCAGCACUACCGGUCGUUCAACGUUGACGACAUCUUCAAGGACUUUGACUUUUUCGGCAGGCACCAACACUUCCACUCCCAUCAUCAAGCCCACAAGAAGAGGUUCUUCCACCAGGCCGCUGGAAACCAACAGCGAGGGCCCUUCGGAGGAAGAGAAGGAGAAGGGGGACUGUUUGAUGACAUGUUUGAGGACUUGGAGAAGAUGUUUUCCUUUAACGCGCACACUACCAGAAGUGACGGCGGAUUCCAGCGCUCAGCCAAGCAGCACUGCAGGACAGUGACGCAGAGGAGGGGCAACAUGGUGACCACCUUCACCGACUGCUCCUGAGCGGGGAAACAGACAGAUUUAGUUUGGAAAUUAAAAUGCUAAUUUAUAAUGUGGCUUUUGGUGAGAUUUACAUUCAAGGAACAAAGUUGGUUUCCAGUCACUUCCAAUUAGGUCAGCUUCUUUACUUGCUCAGGAAUCGACAUAAAGCUUGUGGAUUCUUUGCGUCAACAAGCUGCACUGGGGUGUUAUUCUUUGUGAACAAGCCGGGACUGAAUAAGAGACACGUUUGAAUUUUCAAAAAAACAAAAAAAACAAGCACUAUUGUAUUUUGCUGGAGAUGUUUUUCGAUAUUUUCUUGUUAAAAACAAAAACCUCAAGUUGAUCAUGUGCAAUACUCGGCACUUUUUGCUCUUCAUGUCACCAUUUUGCAUAGACAGUGCUGUUUCAAUAAUCAUUGUCUAAAUGUCUGCACUUUGUGUGUGUGUGUGUGUGUGUGUGUGUGUGUGUGUGAGUGAAUUGGUUAAGACAAUGUUUGAACACGGAAUAAAAAAAGUUGCAAUAGGA